CUCGCGCGUAAACGAUUCGCGGCGAAUAAGCAUAGAAAACGAUCUUGAGUUCUUGAUCAGUUGAAUUAUCAGCGUCAUGGGGACCGGAUCUGUUGGGAUGAUUACCGUGCUGGCUAUUAGCAUAUUUUUAUUGCACAACUGCGCAAACGCGGCUGUCGAAGAUGACCUUAGCUCACCAUGGUCGUACGAGUGCAAGGCGGGUAAUUGCCAGAAGAUAAAAACAACACCAAAAAUAACAACACCAUUAUCUCUAGGAGUAUGCCAAUUAUUUUGCGGAGAAGCUGGUGCCCUGUGGCCGCGGCCAACGGGGCAUUUAUCCCUGGGAAAUUUCGUUCUUCAGUUAAAUCCGAAUGAAAUUCAUUUGCACGACUCAUCGUCAGCGAGAACUGAGAGUUCUUUACUGAUUGCUAAGAAUAUCGAAAUCUUGAAGAACGAUUUACGGACUAUGGGUGGCGAUCGACUAAAAAGCGGCGGAAGAGGGCUGAUCGUUCAUCUGGGUCCAAGAAUUUCAUCUGGGAAUGUCAAGCUGACCCUGGAAACCGACGAAAGCUACAUUCUACAAAUAUCCGAGCUUGGUGAUGGCAGGUUGAACGCUUCGAUAGAUGCCAAAACUUAUUUCGGGGCAAGACAUGGUUUGGAAACCCUGUCGCAGCUGAUAGUACACAAUGAUCUUUACAAUAAGAUUCAGAUAGUCCGAGACGCGUACAUAGUUGAUGGGCCGGUUUAUCCUUACCGCGGAGUUCUUUUGGACACGUCCCGAAACUUCGUAGACAAGCCGACUAUACUGAGAACGAUCCGAGCCAUGGGGAUGAACAAGAUGAACACAUUCCAUUGGCACAUUACGGAUUCUCACAGUUUUCCGUACGAAAGUAGUACAUACCCCGAGUUCUCAAAUUAUGGUGCUUACACACCACAGAAUGUCUAUUCCAAUGACGACAUCAAGGAAAUCCUCGAAUACGCUCUGCUACAAGGAGUCAGAGUUAUGCCUGAGUUUGAUGCUCCCGCUCACGUCGGCGAGGGUUGGCAAUGGGUUGGAGACAAUACGACGGUAUGUUUCAAAAAGGAGCCCUGGUUAAAAUACUGCGUCGAGCCACCAUGCGGUCAAUUGAAUCCGGCGAGCGAUCGUGUCUAUGAAAUUUUAGGCGGCAUAUACAAAGACAUGAUAACUGAUUUUCAACCUGACAUAUUCCAUAUGGGUGGUGACGAGGUGAACAUCAAUUGCUGGAACACCUCGGACAAUCUGAAAGAAUGGAUGACCUCAAAGGGAUGGGGACACAAGGAAAAUGACUUUUACAAAGUCUGGGAUCACUUCCAAUCUAGGGCUCUUGAAAAGUAUGUCGAAGCCAACGCCGGGAAACAAGUUCCCAUUAUAAUGUGGACUAGCGGAUUGACCAACGAAGAAAAUAUCAAAAUACUCAAUCCUUCUAAAUAUAUCAUCCAGAUAUGGACCACCGGCGAAGACGAAACCAUAGCUAGAUUGAUCAGAAAUAACUUUAAAGUCAUUUUUUCAAACUACGACGCUUGGUACCUCGAUUGUGGUUUCGGAGCGUGGGUAGGAGAGGGAAACAACUGGUGCUCGCCUUACAAAGGCUGGCAAAAGGUCUACGACAAUUCACCUCUGGCCAUUCUUACAUCGCAGGGAUUCAGCCCAGAUAAAAAGAAUCAGAUACUCGGCGGUGAGGCUACACUCUGGUCUGAGCAAACGGACAGCACCACGAUAGACAGCAGACUUUGGCCACGUACGGCUGCAGUUGCCGAACGGCUAUGGUCUGAGCCGAAGUCGUCGUGGAUUCAUGCUGAACACCGAAUGCUCAUGCAACGCGAGAGAAUGGUGGCAAAAGGAAUCAAUGCUGAUAGCUUACAGCCUCAGUGGUGCGCUCAAAAUCAGGGACACUGUUAUCUCUAAGACAAAGCAGUCCACGAGCGACGGAAAGGAUUUUUGGAAUGAAUCAAAUGAGCGCCGAACACGAAGAACAUGUACGAUUCUCAUUUUUUGUAAUCCAACAUGUCUACAAUACCGUGAUGAGCCUCAUAGCGUGAGAGGAAUAUACUAUGAUAUCGAUGUAACACCUUGAUUUAAAUUUCUCUCAGAUAUCGAAAAUGCCGUGUAGAGCAACUGCAGCUCAGUCCUGGAAUCGAUUUAGUGACUACCGACUUCACACACCUGUAUGUUGAACAAAAUAAGUAACUCAACGUGAUAUAUUAAACGUUUUAAAGUAUUGUUACACGUAUUUUCAUCAAUUGUUACGUUGACUUAAUGACAAAUAAAUAAAUAACCAAUCAAUACAUACAUACUA